AUGCCGGCCAUCGAAGGAACACCUGGUACCGAUGGAGUGCCUGGCGUAGACGGAAUGCCUGGUAUCGAGGGAAUACCAGGCACCGAGGGGACGCCUGGCGUUGCGGGAGCUCCUGGUACCGAGGAAACCCCCGGUGCCGAGGGAACUCCUCGUGUCGAGGGAACGCCUGGAACGCCCGGUGUAGAGGGAACUCCUGGUACCGAGGGAAGGCCUUGUGUCGACGGAACGCCGGGCAUCGAAGGAACACCUGGUACCGAUGGAGUGCCUUGCGUAGACGGAAUGCCUGGUAUCGAGGGAAUACCAGGCACCGAGGGGACGCCUGGCGUUAAGGAAGUUCCUGGUACCGAGGAAACGCCCGGUGCCGAGGGAACCCCUCGUGUCGAGGGAACGCCUGGCAUUGAACAAACGAUGAUGCUUUAUGAAGAAACGAGCACUUGCAGUUGUGAAAACAAUGGCGUCGAAGAAUUACCUGGUGUCGAGGAAACGCCUGCUGUCGAGGAAACGCCUGCUGUCGAGGAAACGCCCGGUGUCGAGAGAACGCCAGAUGUCAAUGGAAUGCCUGACAUCGAAGGAACACCUGGUACCGAGGCAACGCCUGGCGUAGAGGGAAUUCCGGGUAUCGAGGGAACACCAGGUACCGCGGGAACACCUGGCGUUAAGAGAACACUUGGUACCGAGGGAAUGUCCGUUGUCGAGGGAACUGGGCGCGUUCUGGGAACUCUAGCUCUUGUAGGCAGCUGCGGAGGUCCGGAAACUGGAGGUUGGCUCCUAGCCGUCGUCGAGCUCGUAGUAGCAAGCGUCGUGAAGGAUGUCCUCAUCGUGGUGUGCGUUGUUCGGUGAGUCGCCGCGGGCAUGGCUUC